GCGGGGUCACGUGGGCCGGUCACGUGGCGCCCAACAUGGCGGCGCCCAUGGCGGCGGCGAGCGGCGGCUCCGUGACGCGGCGGCUGCUCCGGGGCGUCUCCCGCAGCCUCAGCGGCGGCGGGGCCCCGGCCGAGGCGCCCGAGGCCGCCGUGGUUAACGUCGUCUUCGUGGACCGGGAGGGGCGGCAGGUGCCGGUGCGCGGCAGAGUCGGUGACAACGUGCUGCACCUGGCGCAGCGGCACGGGCUGGAGCUGGAGGGCGCCUGCGAGGCCUCGCUGGCCUGCUCCACCUGCCACGUUUACAUCAGCGAGCCGCACCUGGAGCGGCUCCCGCCGCCGGACGAGCGGGAGGAGGACCUGCUGGACCAGGCGCCGCUGCUGCAGGAGAACUCGCGGCUCGGCUGCCAGCUGCGCCUCAGCCCCGCGCUGGAGGGGGCGCGCAUCGCCCUGCCCCGCCAGACACGCAACUUCUACGUGGACGGGCACGUCCCCAAACCCCACUGAGCCCAAAAACCCCACUGAGCCCCGGGGGGACCCCAAAAACCCCCCUGAGCCCCGGGGGACCCCAAAAACCCCCCUGAGCCCCGGGGGGACCCCAAAAACCCCCCUGAGCCCCGGGGGACCCCAAAAACCCCCCCUGAGCCCCGGGGGGACCCCAAAAACCCCUGAGCCCCGGGGGGACCCCAAAAACCCCCCUAACCCUAACCCCAAACCCCACUGAGCCCAAAAACCCCCUGAGCCCCGGGGGGACCCCAAACCCCCCUGAGCCCCGGGGGGACCCCAAACCCCCCUGAGCCCCGGGGGGACCCCAAAAACCCCACUGACCCCAAACCCCACUGACCUGGGAGGGCACGUCCCCAAACCCCACUGAGCCCAAAAACCCCCCUGAGCCCCGGGAGGACCCCAAACCCACUGACCCCAAACCCCACUGACCUCCGGGGGACCCCCAACCCCCUGACCCCAAACCCACUGACCCGGGAGGACACAUCCCCAAACCCCACCGACCCCGAGGAGAAACCCCCAAACGCCGGGGACACCCCAAAAUCCCCCUGACCCCAAACCCCCCGACCCCGGGGAGGGAGCCCCCAGACCCUGCAGGGAAGGGGACCCCCCCCAACAAAAAUAAAUUAAUUCCCCCUCAUCCAGGGUCACCCUCACAUUUAGGGACACGUCCCCAAACUGCCCCCAAGGAGGGUGGGGGUCCAGUCCCGGGGGGUGGCAGGGCGACCCCCCCCAAAAAAAAAAAUUCCCGGGAUUCUGGAUUUGGGAUAACGAGCGUUGGCUCAUUAAUUACUCACUAAUUGGG